AGUUACUCAGAAGGGACUCCGCGUAGUCUCUAGUCUAGCUUGAUCAGCAUGGUGACAUUGGUUUGAGGUCCAUACAAAGUCUCUUUUCUGCGUUAUAAAUGGGUUGCAGGACAUAUUGUGCGGUUUUCGUAGCAAUUGUCAGUAUUUCAGUGGUGGUAAUUCCCAUUAUUUGGAGUAGGUAUUUUGCUAACGAUUGUAAGCCCCCGCCCCUCGAUCGUGAAGAAUGGUGGGGCAAAGGAGACAAGAACAAUAACAAGCCGGAUUCUAGCGUGUAUGAAUUCCCUAUCAGCUUGACAGACGGAGUUCUUAAGGAUCUUGACGAAAGAUUAUCCAAGACUCGUUUCUUUGAAAACUUGGACGGUAUCGAUUGGGAAUACGGUAUAAAUCCUGACUACAUGAGAGAAUUGACCGAAUAUUGGAGGACGAAGUACGAUUGGCGUAAGCAAGAGAAAAUUCUCAACACAUACAAACAUUACAAGACAAAGAUAAAUGGAAUAAAAAUCCACUUUCUGCAUUUUCAACCUGAAUUGAGAGAGGGCCAGAGAAUCGUUCCAAUUAUGCUGGUUCAUGGUUGGCCAGGGUCGUUUUAUGAAUUCUACAAGGUCAUUCCAAAGAUUGUAGCAUCUUCAACAGAAGAUUAUGCAUUUUCUAUCAUUUGUCCAUCGAUUCCAGGUUAUGGUUUUUCAGAAGCCCCUCAUAAGCCAGGCUUUGAGGCGUUUGCCGCAGGACGGAUAUUUAGCAAGCUGAUGGCACGACUUGGUUAUGAGUCCUAUUACAUUCAGGGUGGAGAUUGGGGAAGUGCGAUAACCUGUGCAAUGGCACUCAUGGAUCCUAGGUAAGAAACGACAGGAUUAGCGAAUUCGAAAAAUUUUCAAGUGCCUCUUCACUCAAAAUUACAUGAGAGAUCGUGUUGUUACUUAACAUGAAAAAAAUGUCACAGAUAGUCAAAACAAACGAAACUUUGAUGAGGUGCAUACCCUGUUUGAAAUUUGCAGCUCAUACUGUUUGCCCCAUAGCAUCGUAAAGCAACUAGGAGUAUUACUACUCCUCCUCCUUCCCCUGGAUGGAAUGCUAGUCCAUGCUAUUGCAAGGUUACCCCCCAGCAUUUCAUAUAACCCUACCAUUAAUUUUCAUAUUGCACAAAAACUGCUGUCUCCUCCAUAUUAGUGUUGGACUGAAAAAGUUAGUUUAUUUUAUAGUUAGUAAUUGUUAUUAAGCUUAAAGUUUACCUUCCUUUUUAUUCUAAUCACACAUGCCACUUUCCACAUUACCAGUUCUAACAUUGUGCAGGUGUGUCAGAUAUGAACCUAGUGAUUACCCAGCCAACACAGAGAGUGGCAAGGUUUAACAAGUUUUUUAAGGAGCAGGUAUCUUACAUAGAACCUUGAUCUUAAUAUGCCUACUUAUGAGAUUGUUUGUUCUAUCUUUAUAUUUUCUAGUCACAUUCGAGGACUUCAUUUAAACAUGUUCCCAGUGUUUGAAAAAAACCCCUUGUCCUAUAUUCAGGCAAAAGUCUUCUUUCCAGAAAAGGAGCAGCAAAAGAUUUUCCCAUUGUCAAAGUUGGUGAUUAAAAUUCUGCGUGAGGGAGGAUAUUUUCACCUACAAGGUACAUGCAUUUUCUAUUACCUUUCCAUAAUUUUUCAUUUGAAAUUGAAAUUUAUUUCCAUUUUUGUGGAUUAUGUUUUGCAGAAAUUUUCCUGAUUUUUCUUUCAGAUUGGAUCACAGAAAACUAAGCAACAUUAGGGACCAUUUUGGGACUUGUUAUAAACUCAUAUUAUUAGUUUUAUAAAACCUGAUUAAUUGAAAAUAUUUGUUGUUAAGUUUUUUUGAAUAUCUUGUUUCAGCAACUCGACCUAACACUGUUGCGUUGGCAAAUAAUGAUUCACCGGCUGGCCUGGCAGCUUACCUUGUGGAAAAGUUUGCAAUGUGGAGUGGCUGUGCAACCAAUGACACAGCAAUCUGUUUGGAAUCGUGCUUUACAAAGGAUGAAAUGCUGACAAAUGUGAUGAUAUAUUGGGCCACUCACUCUAUUGCUUCAUCAAUGAGGCUGUAUUAUGAAACGAUGCAUAGUGAUGAUGAAUUGCGCUCUGUAUCACGGUAAAAGAGAUACUCAUAGACUUAAGAUUGUUCAAAAUUAUCCCUGUGAAAUAAGUCUGGACUGAGGCAAGCUUACAACAGCUCCCAACGUGAGAAAUAUCCUGACCUUUAUACUUUAUUUCCUUGGGUAAGCACUUGUGUCCUAAUAGGUGCCCUCUCCCAAAUAGCCCCCUGCCCUCUAGACCAUAAUGUCAAACAAGCACUCCCCUUCUUUUUCAUCACUCUCUUAAAAUAGUAGGGAUACAAGGAAAACCUGUUUCUAUUGCCACUUUAUUUACAACUUCUUUUAGCUUCAUAACAGCAGAUUUAGUUCAGGAGAAGAGUUUUUUUGUUUCAGUUAUUUCAUUCUCUGUGUGCUUGCAGAGUUUUUUAUGUGUGUUCUCUGUUCUUUUAAUUUUUUUCCUUUUGCUGUGGUAGCUGAAUAAGCACCCACCUUGAUUAUGCGCCUUCUUUCCAAUGAGCUCCCCUCCUGUUGGUGAAAAUCUCAAACAAGUGUGCAGUUAAUUAAUUAAUUUAAUUUGAUUCAUGGAAAAAUGUCUGUCUUCUUUAGUUUUUGUUAAAAACUUAUGGAACUGAUGAAUUUCAUAAACGAAUGAAGAAUUCAAGUGAUAAUCUCAAAUGAAUUUAGUGCAAUUGUUGAUGAAUGGAGGCCUUCCCCAAGGCUUUCUGAAAUUCAACACAGAAUAGGCAAUUGUCCUUGAGUUUUUAUUUCCAAGUAACUUGGUAGUAUUAAUUUUACAUCUUUGGCCUAAAAUUCUGUGCAUUUAUUUGACAGCUAAUUGUAAUUUAUGUGUUUUAAUGUUAAGGAGUCAUAUUAUUUGAAUAUAUUGCUUUUUUAAUUUUUAGUUUUGUUGUCUUGGCAGUAUCCCCGUUACAGUUCCUUCUGCAAUGGCUGAUUUUCCCCAUGAACUUUUUCGGACUCCAGAACCUUGGAUUCACAACAGAUUUACAGACAUUGUUCAGUUCACAGAAAUGCCUCGCGGUGGACACUUUGCUGCCUUUGAAGAACCUGAGUUAUUUGCUGCAGAUGUUAUUCAGUUUGUCGCGAAAGUAGAAAAGCGUUUACUAGAAAAAACAGCUGAAGAAUGAAAGGAAACCACUGGCUGAGGGGGAUGUAUGAAACUGAAGGUUUAUAUAUGCAGGAUAUUUGUGGUAGUAAAAAACUGUAAUUAACUAUUAAGGGGUAAGUUUCUAAAGAAAUUGUGGUGCUGUGUUGGUGGGGUAUAACAAGAUAAUUCAGUUUUAUCAACUGAGUUGAAAAUGCAUUGGCCACCGUUUCUGCAAUUUUAAAGCUAAGAUUUCGAGUGGUAACCUUCGCCAGAGCAAGUGUCAGGCUGUAGGCAAAACAGACCUGUUAAUUUCUGCAUUCAUAGAGAAAGAAUGUCAAAGUUACUGAAUUUCUGUUCAUGAACUCGUUCUUGCAACUGGUUUUGAAAGUUUCUUUAUUGGUUGGAAUUUAGUUUUCAAGAAAUGACCUUUCUUGAAAGGAUCAUUUCUUGAUCAUCCCAUUUAAAUGAUACUUGACCUGCAAGUGAUGCACAGGUAAGAGAUCCUCCUAGGUUAGCUGCAGUUUAGAAAAUUGGAAAAAAAAAGCCGGAAACAAUUCAGGAUUCGAGGCGAUUCAAACCCGUUCUUUAAGAUACUUGUUGGGCACUACCACCACAAACAUGUCAGAGAUGAGGCACAUUCUUUCGGAUUGUUGUUGUUGUUGUUGUUUGUUUUGUUUUUUUAUUUUCGUAAAAGAAUGUGAUAGUGCCUCAACUUAGUACUUUUGUGAGAGACACAUUGGACUGUUUUGGAAAAAAAAAAAUGAAGAAACUGGCUUCGAUUAUGAUAUGUAUUUGACAUAUCACCCUCUAUAAAAUGACAGAGAUAUCACGAGUACCCUGUUUGGUCAAAGGCCUAACGUUUAUUGCACCAUUAAACCCAUAGGAAAUUUUGGACUUGAUUUUCCUUCAGUAUUUACUUGCUUUUUUCAAUGUUUAACCAAAGAUCAUUGACUUAAUCUUCGCUAUGUAUUUACAUUUCUUUUAAAUUCAUACGUCUCUAGACGCUUAAAAUAUUUCAGUAUACAUGUAUAUAGCUGUUGGCAUAACAUGCGGAUGAAAUCACCUCCCAACUAUUGAAUGGAAACACUGAGGAAAAUGUUUGCCAGAGACUUUUGAAAUCCAGUUGAUCUUCAAGCACUGUUAUUUUUUCUUUUCUUUGUAGUACACAUUAACACUUCAUAUUACAAUUAAACUAUAGCAACUUGCAGAUUUCGAAUUCAGAUUGAUAGGAAUUGUCGUUAAUUUUACUUAAAUACCGCGUUUGAUAUCCAGCGCCUUUUCAACGAUGAGUAUUUUUUUUGGAAUUUGCCCAUGGUUUCUCUUUCUUAGUGAGAGUAGCUGAAGCUACAAGUGAAAGAAAUCAUCAUAAUUUCACUCACGUUUUGAUUAAUGUACUCUGUUAUAGCUUUGAUAAAACUAAUGCUGAGGUUCUAUUCUAAUAAAUAUAUGUAUGUAAAAUCUUGGUUUCAUAGCGCGAAAAGCCUUUUUGAGAGAGAGAGUGCUCCUGAGUGAAAGUGAUUCUUCAUCUUUUGAGGACGUCGACUAAGGGAGAGUGAAAGAGUGUGUUUGUAAAUCUGAGAAGUGCUUUUAGGGAGAAAGUCUCGUCGUCAUUUUCCACUUACCGAAGAUUGAAAAACACAGCUUUGCUCAAUAGUAACACAAGACCGAUUUAGGAACCUGAAAGACCCCAACAGUGUUAAUAAAGAGAGGCCACAGAGACUUCUUAUUCAUAAAAAUAACGAAUUUUCCGAUCCUGAAAUUAACAAAAAGAGAAAUUACUUUAUUAAUUUAAUAGCAGCUACUGCUUCAGGUCUAUUUAAUCGUGAGCUAUUCAGUGUUUGCAAUUUCUGUUCGGCUUCACUGUGCACCGUUAAUACUCC